AUGGACGUGACAGAGGUUAUCAGCAUCACCAAGCCUGCUCUUUCGAGCAGCAGUAAUGCCAUAGACAUUGACUCUGACGUUGACUCCGAUAUUGAAAUGCAAAAUGAGGAAGGAGCCACCCAGAGUAAGACCAAUGAAAAAUCGGAUAAGUCAAUAGUGACACCAGGGGAGUUGGUUACUGAUGAUCCUAUUUGGAUGAAGGGUCACGGUACAUAUUUUCUUGAAGAUAAGACAUAUUCAUGUGUUGCAGGGAACAUAUCAAGGGUUAAUAGGUUAUUGAGUGUGAUUCCAUUACGAGGAAGAUACGAAGCAGAGACUGGGGAUCAUGUUGUUGGUAGAAUUACUGAAGUUGGAGCAAAGAGAUGGAAAGUUGAUAUUGGAUGUAAACAAGAUGCAAUUCUAAUGUUGGGUUCGGUUAAUUUACCUGGUGGGAUAUUAAGGAGAAAAAGUGAAAGCGAUGAAUUACAAAUGAGAAAUUUUUUAAAAGAAGGAGAUUUAUUAAAUGCUGAAGUUCAAUCGAUAUUUAGUAAUGGGGCAGCGUCAUUACAUACUCGUUCAUUAAAGUAUGGUAAAUUAAGAAAUGGAAUUUUCUUAAAAGUACCACUGAGUCUUAUUAUUAAACUGAAAAACCAUACUCAUGAUUUACCAGGAAAUGUCAGUGUCAUAUUAGGUAUAAAUGGUUACAUAUGGUUAUAUAAGACUCCAAAUAAUUCUGCCAAUAAAGUGAAUACUAGCGGAGUUACCAAUAAAGCACAAGCAGGUUUAGAUUCUGCCCAAGGAUAUAAUCCAGGUCAAGGAUCGAUAUCAAUUACCAAAUUAGAAGAAGCCAGUUCAUGGGAGAUUUAUAGUGAUAAUAAUGAUAAGGAUAUUGGGAAUAACAUUAGAAAUAAUAUAGCCCGUUAUUAUAAUGUUUUGAAAGCAUUGAGUUAUGGAGAAUUAGGUAUAACUGAACAAAGAAUAAAAUUAGGAUAUGAUGCAAGUUUAGCAUUUUCAAAUGUUGGAAGUUUAAUUGAUAAAGAUGCAAUGGAAAGUAUUUGUCAAGAUGUUAUAAGUAAUGAAAAUAUGAGAGGAACAUCCAACUCAAAUGUAUAG